CAUAGACACUUGUCGAAACUGCGGCCAGAGACACAAAGUUAUCUUCGUUACAGCGAGAUACGAAUCUAUGGCUAAAAAUAGAAGGAAAGUAAUAAAGCCUUUGAGCACCUUAAUCUAUCGAUGCAAUAAUUUCUUAAUUAGUUUGGUAAAAAGGCUCAACAAUUGUUUACAUCUGAAAAACAAAAUCAGAUGACAUUGGCAUAAGAGAAUUUUUUUUUUUUUUUUUUUUGUGGCUGCAUCAUCAAAAUUUAUCAUCUUUUAAAACUAAAGAAAGAUAUUACAUGAGAGAAGAUGUUAUGUGAAAGUACUGUGAAAUGUUUAUUCUGAGUGAGAUUAUUGUAAACACUGCUCUACUUUAUUAUCUGAAAUAUGCUCAAGAUAAUUUUGCAUUCUGAUUAAACUUGAUAAAUUUACAAAGGAUUAUCUAUCAAUUUCAAGUAUCACAAUCAAAAAGAAUCCUAAUGCUGAUAUGAGAGGUAAAAAAAUGAUGGAAAAUAAAAUAUGUGAGAAACAGGUUAAAUGUAAAAAAAUAUCUGAAGGUAUUGGUUUUCAUGAUGAGAUGCUGAAAGAGACAUCAAAAGCAUUUUACCACUGUGAUAUCUGUAAAAAGUCAUUUUCUCAAAAAGCUCACAUAACUAGGCACAAACGUAUUCAUACAGGGGAAAAGCCAUAUCACUGUGAUAUCUGUGAUAAAUCAUUCUCUCAAAGAUAUAGGCUAACUGGCCACAAACGCAUUCAUACAGGAGAGAAACCAUAUCACUGUGAAAUCUGUGAUAAAUCAUUCUCUCAAAGUAGUGGUUUAACUAAACACACACGUAUUCAUACAGGAGAAAAACUACAUGAAUGUAGUAUCUGUGGCAAAUCAUUCUCUCAAAGCCAUGGGUUAACUACACAUAUACGCAUUCAUACUGGAGAAAAGCCAUAUCAGUGUGAUAUUUGUGGUAAAUCAUUCUCUCAAACAAGUGAAUUAACUACUCAUAAACACAUACAUACAGGAGACAAGCCAUUUUGUGAUAUCUGUGGUAAAUCAUUCUAUGAUGGAAGUGUUUUAAUUACACACAGACGCAUUCAUACAGGAGAGAAGCCAUAUCUCUGUGAUAUUUGUGGUAGAUCAUUCUCUCAACGCAGUCACUUGACGAAACACAAACGCGUUCAUACAGGAGAGAAGCCAUUUCACUGUGAUAUCUGUGAUAAAUCGUUCACUGGAAGAAGUAACUUAACUACUCACAAUCGCAUUCAUACUGGAGAAAAGCCCUAUUGUUGUAAUAGCUGUGGUAAAUCAUUUUCUCAGACAGGUACUUUAACGAGACACAAAUGCUUACUUUCAGGAGAAAAAGCCUCAUAAUUGAUUUCUGUAGUAUGACAUUCUCAAAAAAGUCACUUACCUACAUUUGUAUAUAUUCAUAUGGAAGUGUAUCUGUGACGAUGUCAAAACUCAUUCUAAGAAACAAAACAUCUUACAUAAUCAUAAAUGUAUUCAUGUCAAAGAAGAUAAGCUGUGUGAUAACAACUUGUCAAUACUAUAAUUCAUAUAGUCUCAGCUAUAUCUACAUUAGUGAAAUAGCUGUGAUAUUUUUAAUAAAAGCCAGAAAAGUCCUAUAUAUUUCAUGUUACAUACUUCCAGAAGAGAGUAAAAACAUGAUUGAUUAAUUUGAUAUUGUGGAGGCGCAAUGGCCCAGUGGUUAGGGCAGCGGACUCGCCGUCAUAAGAUCGCGGUUUCAAUUCCCAGACCAGGCGUUGUAAGUGUUUAUUGAGUGAAAACACCUAAAGCUCCACGAGGCUCUGGCAGGGGAUGGUGGCAAACUCUGCUGUACUCUUUCACCACAACUUUCUCUCACUCUUACUUCCUGUUUCUGUUGUUCCUGUAAUUCAAAGGGUCAGCCUUGUCACACUGUGUCAUGCUGAAUAUCCCCGAGAACUACGUUAAGGGUACAUGUGUCUGUGGAGUGCUCAGCCACUUGCAUGUUAAUUUCAUGAGCAGGCUGUUCUGUUGAUCGGAUCAACUGGAACCCUCGACGUCGUAAGUGACGGAGUGCCAACAACAGUGUGGUUAAAUAGCCUGGGAAUGUAUUUUCAUAAAUGAAAGAUAACAUUGCAGUUAUUAUAUUACAAAUCAUCGUCAUUUAACGUCUGUUUUCCAUGUUGGCAUGGAUUGGACAGUUUGACAGAUGCUUGUAAGCCAGGGGACUGUGCCAAGCUCUACUGUACUGUAUGAUUUCUAUGGCUAGAUGUCCUUCCUAAUGCCAACCACUUUAGAGAGUGUACUGAGUGCCUUUUAUGCGGCACCAUCACCAGCAAAGUCACCAAGUAACUUGCAAGGCAAGACCCCCUCAACUGAGUGGGGAGUGAUAUUGAGCAAGAUAACUUUUUACCAGGUGAUGAAAGGUUAGGGUAUAAUAGAGGGAUAGAAAUAUGUGUCUUUCAGUAGAGGAGAUACAUGGCCACCCCAUGUAAAAAAAAUGAAAGAAGAGAGAGAGGCAAGAUGUGUUGGAGGUGAACCCUCAAGUUACAGAGAGAAAAAAUAUAUAUCCCCAGUCUUCCAUACAUUCUUUCAUAUAUCUUAUGGUGUAAACUUAUGAAUGUAUUCUAUCAAAGUAAUGAUUCUCAUGUUGGUAAGAUGUAUAUAAUUCUCUCAUUUUCUUUAUAGUAUGAUUCUUUCAAACCUGAUGAUUAAAUUGAAUGUUAGUUUGCAAGCUUCAAUAUAACUCAGUUGUUUAUAUAAAUUCAAAGUGGAUUAUGUGAUUUAUGAAUCAUCCUCAUGACUGGUCUUAUCUUGAUUCUGUAUGCUUAUAUGUGCUGGACAUAUCUGCUAUACAAGAUAUCACAUUUUCUGUCUUUUGUUAUCUUGAGUAUUGAUCCUAUUAUCCUUUGUGAAUAUGCUUAAUAACCUGAAAUUUAAAUAAAGCUGGUUUACUUAAA